CUUCCUGCUUGUGUCCAAGGAUUAGCUCAACACCCUUGGGAGGGUUCUGAACUUUGUAAAAUGCCAACUAAGCAUAAAAUAAGGCAGUUAUUGCGCAUGGUUCCAGGAAAAAAACGCUUUGGUGUGUAUAGAUUUCUUCCUUUCUUCUUUAUCCUUGGAGGUGCUAUGGAGUGGUUUAUGAUCAAUGUUCGACUUGGCAAAGAGACUUUUUAUGAUGUUUAUCGUAGAAAGCAAUCUGAAAGACAGCAUGAAAAUUUGAAACAAAGAUGAUUUUUUUCACUUUCAGUAGCUCCUGAGUUCUGAAACCUUAAAUCCUAUAAAUAAGAGAUGUUCACUGUUAAAUGUGCAAGUUUUCACAUCAAACAAUUGGUGGUACCAUCGGGUAUGGUUUUCAUACCCAAGGCUGAAGAUAGGAUACCAGAAGCAACUAAAGCAGUGCAGCUCUACGAACACAUUGUGCAAUGUUUGCUCAGAUGCUGAGCAGAAUAAGAGAGCUGGAGCCAUAAAUUGACUUCACUGAACUUCUUCCAGUUGAGUAAGGAGAGCAGAGUUGCCAUUAGUCUGCUCCCGGUUUCUCAGGAGAAUUAUCCUCUUCCUCCAGGAUAAGGGAGAUAUCCUGAUUGAAUUUAAAAUCUUGUCAUUCCCCUCCCCCCUUUUAGCUGUUUUUUUCAUUCUGCUGAAGAUGGAUUUUCUGUUGUGAAUGCAGAAGAUGGAUCAAUAUAUACUGGGUUACAAGGUACUCUCGGGUAUCCAGGAAAGUAUGUAAGAUGAAAGAUUAUAUUGUAUUUUAGAAGUGAGGAUUUUCUUGCUUGAGAUUAAGUUUCAUCUUUGGUUUACUUGUGUACAUAUAUUUUCUGAUGUAAACUUGAUAUACUUAAUCUGUGAUUUGUUUGAGAAUGGCUGUGCCAUGGCAGUAGCUUCAGAAAAUGAUUGUAUCUAAAUGGGCUGUUCCAAAAUCUAAUAUACACAAGAAAGUAGUAUGUAUGUAACAAAUACGAUUUGUGGUAUGAUUGAUUGUAGUUCUAUCAUAAAUGGAAGUAGUUUUUGAAACAUGGAUCAAAUCAUGCUAAAGGUUUCUUACUGUGGAAUACAUUUCCUACAGAAGAAAUUAAAGAUAUCCAAUACCUGGGCCUGUAUAAAAGUUUCACGAACCACUGUUUUGAAGUACUUAACAUUUUCUUGUAAUAUAGUUCUUGACAACAUUUGUGAUACCUGGCUUGUAGGCCAAAUAGAAUGUCAUUCAGUAGACAGCAGCUAUUCUAUCAUACUGGGAAACAUACCAGCAGCAGAAUGCUUUCCUAUACUAUGGAAGACAUUGGUUUGAAGGAUAUAAUAGCUAGUGCUUGAGGAUUGUGUGGAAGGUUAAAGGAUAGAAUCCAUAUAAUAAAAAAAGAAAUAACAGUACCUCCUACUGUGCAAAUGAUACAACAGAAUGAGGUUAAAACUGAUAUGUCAUAAAACUGGUACAUGAAAUUUAACAGUGCUAACACACAUUUUGUCUAACCUUCCAGCAUGACUUCCAAGGCUAUGCAAACACUAACUUUAGCCCAUUUUUAAAAAGCUUUCCAGGUCAAGUUAUAGAGAUUGAUGGUAUGCUUCUUCGGCUAGAGAGCAGUACAUUUUCAAAGCGAUAAAAGAGCUUGUGGCGGACUCAGCUUCAAAUGCUGGGAUUGCCGGGCAGUAAAGAGGGGAGGAUGAUUGACAGGUUCUCCUCCCCCCCCCCCCUUGUGACUAGCCUGAAAUGGCAGUUGGUGAUGGAAUGUUGAAGGGUUGACAGUUGGAGGAAACUGAAGAGUGAGGGGAGUUGGAGUCUGGCUUCUAACCAGAGAGGGUCAGCCAGAGAGUUCUCUGUGUGAAGAAGAAAGGGAAAGGUAUACCCUUUAAGGAAAAAAACAUUAUGUUCAUGAAGCACUUGUAGUCCUUGGACUAAAGUGGGAAAGACAGCACUAACUUCUGUGUAGACACAGAUCUGAGAAUUUUAGUGGGCCAAGGAAGGGGGUAAAAAGGAGUCUCCUCCUUGGCCACAGGAACAGGGUUAUAGCUGGGACAUAACUAUAACACCUGUCUAGUAUCUUGAAAGGGUUUGACUCAGUUGUGUAUCCUAAAGUCUGCAGAAAAGGGGAAGCCAUGCUGUGUGCAUGUGUGUGAAAAUAGGAGCACCUAACUUGGAGUGCCAACCUCAGAAAGAACUUACUGUAACAAUUAAGUAUGGUAACACCAACAUCUCAUAUACAACCAGCAACUUAAGAACCAUACCAAGUGUUUUGUGCCUUACACCAGUGAAAUGUUCAGUUCAUAAUCCUCUAAGUUACUUCAGUUUUAAACACCUGCCUACAUGCCUUCUUAUUUUACCUGCUUGUAAAUAAACCUUCUGUUUCAUUUUGUAUCUCCACAA